UUAUUUUGGUAUUUUUGGGCCAAUUGUUAUUAACAUUGUUGCGUAAUAGCAAACAAGAUCGAAAUAACGGUGAAAACGCAAUGCCUGUUCACUUGCAACGCAAUCUUUUAACUAAAGAUGUAAAGGCAAAUCAGUGUACAAUGGCAGCCAUUCUACAAUUUCCUGACGACGGCUUGAGUCGCGCGCAAAGAUUGCACGGUUGGAUUAUUGUACAUAUAAUUUUGACAGUCUACGGUUUUUGGAUUUUGGCUGUCGUAUGCGAUGAUUACUUGAUACCAUGUAUUCAACAGAUUUGUAAAGGUUUCACAAUCGAUCACGACAUCAUUGGGGCAACAAUUAUGGCAGCGGCUGUCUCUACACCAGAAUUAUUUAUAAAUUGUGUGGGAACGUUUGUCACGAAAGGAGACAUCGGUGAAAGUACUGUGGUCGGUUCAGCUAUAUUCAAUAUGCUAGCAGUACCUGCUUGCUGUGGCCUAUUUCUUGAUAAUUCCCUAAAACUCGACUGGUGGCCAAUUACCAGAGAUUGUUUCAGUUAUAUGAUGGUUGUUUUAACAUUGCUAGGUAUUGUGGUGGAUGGCCGUAUUAUGUGGUACGAGUCUUUGUGUUUGGUCAUCGGGUACUUUGUGUAUAUGUUAGUUAUGUAUCACCACAAACGCGUCGCCUACAAGACGCGCCAGUUUAUAUUAGGCAAUAGAAACCAUCGUUAUCAGCAAGUCACUGAAUUCACUCCUUUAAUAUUGAAAGCGGAUAUGAAAGGACUGAAUAACGGUUAUUCGCAUUAUAGUCUAGCCUGCGAAGCACAUUCCUGCCCGAAUUUAACCGAAUCGGGAAAAGAUACACCUACUGAAUUAGGUUCAGAUGCCACGCACUGGUCAUGUGAUAAGCCUAAUUGCUUAAAAUAUCUUAUGAAAUUGCCAAUCAUCUUUAUACUCUCGUUAACUAUACCAAAGUUCCAUAAGCAUCCUAGACUGAAGUAUAUUACAUUUUUAUUUUCCAUCUUAUGGAUCGGAGGAAUUUCGUAUUUGAUGGCUUUUACUAUAACCAUAAUAGGAGACACCCUUGGUAUACCCGAUGGAGUUAUGGGUUUAACAAUUUUGGCUAUUGGAAUGACUAUACCCGAGGCAGUUUCCAGUAUAUCCGUCAUUAAGCAAGGUUACGGGGUAAUGGGGUUAAGCAAUUCGCUGGGUUCUAAUACUUUCAGCAUUCUCUUGAGCCUUGGUUUGCCCUGGCUUGUCAAAUCAAUUUUUUUACCAGAAAUCUAUUCGCAACAUCUGGUCGUAUUACGUUCAAGCGCUUUAAUGUACAGCUGUUUUAUUUUGUUAAUUUCGAUAUUUAUUUUGUAUACAACUUUUUUAUGUAAUCGCUUCACGCUAAAUAGUAGAACAGGAUUCAUUUGUCUAUUUAUGUAUGCAAUGGUAAUAAUUGCAGCGAUAUUAUUAGAAUUAAAUAUUUUCAUUUCUGUUAAUUUGCCUGCUUGUCGACAUUAA